AUGUCGUUGGCUGUCCUCUGCGGCGCAGUGCCGUCGCCGCAUCCGCCGUCGCGGCGUGCCGCCGAGGCGCUGUCGGCCAAGCUCCUUGACCCAGCGGUGACGCCGCCGGCGACGGCUGCACACACGCUCUUCGAGCUGGCUGCCGAGCUGGAUGCAGCCGCCGCGCCUGCCAGCGCCGCACAGGUCUCGGGCCUGGUCUGGCUCGCCUCGCUCCUCGGCUCGCGUGCCAAGGCGACUGCGUCGUACGCCGCGGCCGCCGGCGGUGCCGGUGUGGGUGACCGUGGCGUCGACCGCGUCGACGCUGCCGCCUCUGCCCCGCGCGAUCUGUUCGAGUACUUGCUGCGGUCGUACGCCGCAUGCAUUGACGCGCUGGUUGUGGCCGGUGCUGCCGACAGUGCCCUCUUUGCAGAGCCCAGCUCCAAGCUCGCCUCGUUUGUCAGCAAGCGGCUGUCGAGGCAGGUCCGCUCGCUCCGCUCACUGGUCUCCGCGUCGACGCCGCAGCCAUCGGGUGCCCUCUUUCUCCUCUUUUGGAUCGAUGGCGGCUCGAAGCGGCUGGCUGCACUUGCCACUGGCGCCGUCUCGACGUUUACCGCCUCGGCCGUGGCUGCCGUUGCUGACUCGUCGUCCAAGGCCCGCGCUUUUCUCCGCCAGCACCUCGCGGACCUGAUGCGCAAGCGUUCGCUUGCCUACGAAGCGCUCCUCCUCCUCCGCGUUGGGCUUCGCUCGGUUGCCGACUCGGCCGCCGACGCUCAUGUGCUCCUCCGCGAGCUCCACAACGCGCUUGUCGACCCUCAUCUGACGCUCGCGUCGUGGAAGAUGGGCUUUGCCCUGCCUUGGCUCCUUGCCGAGCUCUCGCUUCUUACCUCGGACCCGGAGCUGUCGUCUGCUAUUCUGGAGGCUGGCGAGGAGGAUGUUGCGCUGGACCUGCACUCGGUUGUUGACCUACCCAUCUUUGACGAUGCCCACGAGUUCCGCCAGCAUGCGCUCGUUGGCGUCGCCGAUGGUAUCCGCCGGACGUCGGCUUGGCGCCGCACCGCCAGCAACGCCGACGAGGAGAAAACGUCUGGCAAGCUGCAGCACUCGCGCUCGUCGCGCCGUGUCAAGCGGCGCAAGACCAAGCGUGUCCGCAAGUCCAUGGCGACGCCCGACCAUGCGCCAGGCAACGCGACACCAGACAAUGCGACGCCAACCGAGAUGACGCCGAGUAAUGCCACGCGAGAGCAGCCGUCGCCGCCAGCACCAGCACCAGGCUCUUCGGCCUCGCCGUCUCGCGCCAAGCGUAGGCCGCGCAAGGCGGCCGUCCCGACACCGGAGCCCAAACCUCACAACCCGUCGCCAACCUCGCCGGUCUUUGCUGCCCACGAGGGCUCGCCGCACGUGCUCUCGCCAACUGAUGAGCCGGAUGCGUCGUUCCUUGACUCGUCAACUGCAGUGGAGCUGAAGAGCACCCGCGAUGCUCUGGCAAAGGCCCGCGCGACGCUGGCGUCCAAGACGUCGGCGUUUGCCUCGCAGUCGGCAAGGCUCCACGAGCUUUAUGCGUCGUCACAGGAGCAAGUUGACGAGUUGACAUCAGAAAAUGCCAAGCUGCGGGGAGCUCUCGACGCCGCACGUGCAUCAGGCCGCCGCGACCAACGGGAAGCUGUCCAGCUCGAAUCGCUGCAGCGUGAGAAUGCUGAGCUGGUCACCGCGCUUGAAUCUGCGCGGGCGUCGGCUGCUGCUGCUGCCGAGUCAUCGUCGUCACUCCGUGCUGCCAACGCUGCGCUCGCGGCCAAGCUUUCCGAGGCGCAGAGCCAAGCGCUGGCGCUCGACGAGGUCCGCGCCGACCUCGCGCUUGCCCAAAAGGACGCGCGGCUGGCCGCCACGCUCCGGCGCGAGCGCGACGAUCUCCGCGCCGCCAACUCGACUCUGGCGCAGCAAGCGGCCGAGGCGCGCUCGCACGAGGCGGCACUCGACGAGCUCAAGGCCCAGCUGGCGCUAGCGCGUGCCGACGCGCAUGGUGCUGCCGAGCUUGCCCGCGAGCGCAACACGCUCCGGACACAACUCGCCGAGGCCAAUGUCGAGCUCGGCCGCGCCGACGAGCGCGCUCGCGAGUCGGCUGCUCGCCAUAGCGCGGCGCGCUCGCAGCUUGACUCGCGUCUCUCGGCAGUCACUUCAGCCCGCGACAAGCUCAUGCGCGAGAAUGACGCCCUCGCCGCGCGGCUCUCGCAAGUUACCGCGUCGCGGGACAAGCUCUCGUCGCGGGUUGGUGCGCUGUGCGAGGCCGUUGAAGUCGAGCAGGAGAGCCGACUUGCCGCCAGUGCAGCUGCCUCUGCCCUCAAGACCGCGCUCCUCGACACCCAUGCCGAGUACCAGACCAAGCAUGCCGCACAAGUUGCCGCCCUCGACGCUGCGCUUGCUGACAAGUCGAGCCAGCUCGAGGUCGUUGCUCUUGAGCUCGAGGCUGCCCUCAGCGGGCACGAGACUUCGUUGCGCUCACUCGAGAGCUCCGCGGAGGCGUUGCCGAGCAACGGUUGCGGCUCGGAAAGCGCCCUGGUCGCGAGCCUCAAGGACUCGGUCCUCACCGCAACACAGCGCGAGCGUACGCUUGAGGCCGAACUCGAGGCCGAGCGUUGCCGCGCUGCUGAGCUCGCCUCCCGCGUCGGAGAUCUGGAGCAGCUGCUGGAAACUGCCGUGGCGCGCGGGCCCAACGAGCUCCGCGACAUGUCAUCGGGUGCGAGCGAGGCCGAGGCCGACCAACUCGCGCGCCUCCAGCACGAGAACGCCGUCCUGACCUCACAGCAAGUGGCGCUUACGGCGACGGUGGACGAGCUGCAGGCCGAGUUGCAGACCUCCACUUCGCGACUCAUUGCGCAACUGGAGGAGCAAAGUGCGGUGAUCGAGGAGCUUGAGGCUGCGGCGGCACUGCCGCCUGGCUCGCCUCCGCGCGAUGUCUUUGCCGCGCGGGUCAUGUCGCUCCAGGCCCGCAACAUUGAGCUUGAGGCUGAAGUCGGUGCGCUCGAGGCGCAAGUCACCGAAGCCCGGCAGGCCAAUCGCGAGCUGCUCGACCUCCUUGAUGCCGCACCGUCGGCCGCGGAGCACGCCGCACUCAAGCUCGAGGUCCAGUCCCUCUACGAUGCGCGACAGAAAGCAUCAAUGCGGCUGACCGAGCUCCAGCGGCAGAAUGCGGUUCUUGUUCAGCAACGCACAGAGCAGAUGAUGCACGACAAGGCGCUCAACACCCAGAUGCGCGUACUCAAGACCCACCUUGCCCAGCUCGAGACCCAGCUGUUCCACUCGCCGCUCACUGACGAGCCCGAGCCCGAGGCGGGGUCGGAGUCUGACACCAGCCUCACCAUGCGGGCGACGCUGGCAGGUGCCCUGGCGCGGCUUCGCGAGGCACGGUUUUCGUACCUCCGGGCCGGCGUUCUGGCCGAGCUGCUGGAGCUUGUGCAGAGCGUGACCGAUGGGCCACAGCCUGCGGCCGACAUGACGAGCACGGGCUUUGCGGGUGCAGAGGUGGUGACGCCGAUGGGUGCGGUGGCAGCGGCGCUUGCGGCGGGUUGCGCGGCGGGAACAGCUGCGGCGGGCAGAGGUGGUGCAGGCGUCGACGGCAGCACGCCGCGGAGCUCGAUGGCGUCGGCGGGCGCGAUAGGGCGAUUGGGCGAUGCGGACGGCCCGCUGCGGGCGCUGUGCGCGUGCCAGGCGGCGGACGAGACCAACGUGACGGCGAGCGUCAUCUCGCAUGUCACCUAUGGCCUUUUGCUGACGCCGGCAGUGGCGCGGGCGCUUGAGGCUCUGGCCAACUACGAGGGCGUUGAGCUCCCGGACGUCGACACCGACGCGCUUGUCCGCGCCGGCGGAACAGCGACGUCGGCGCUAGGCGAUCCGGACUCGGGCCCGCUUUUUACCGAGCGCAUUGGGUGGAACGAGAUCUUUGAUGGCCUGCUGGUGGUCGAGGGUCUUGCGCUGGUGUGCGAGUCGGCCAAGGACGCGUUGUCGCCGUACCUUGCUGUCCUGGUAGCCACCAUGACUGCUCUGGUCUCGGGCGAUGCGCCGUCCAAGCUCGGCCGCAUUGCUGUUGCAGCUGCGCGGGUCCUCUCCGCCGCCCUAGUCGGCUCGCGGUCCAACAUCGAGAGCUUUCUCGGAACCCGGCUGGCGACCGAGGUUGUGGCUCUUGUCCGCACCACCUCACUUCCGCUUGCGCUUCGGCGCGCGCUGGUCAUUCUCUUCCGGGUUCUUGCCGAUGAGGGCGAGGCACCGAUGCGUGCGCUCUCGCAGCCUGAGCUGCUAGACGCGCUCGGAGUUGCUGCGGUGAUGAGUCUGGAUCUGGUGGCGGCGACGCCGCCUGAUGGCGCCGACGACGAAGCCACCGUUGAUCUCGAGGGAGAGACUGUGGCCAAGACAGCGGCGAUUGUGCUGCGGCUCUCACGCGCCUCGCAGUCGCGCGGCUAAGCCCGCAGAGUGGCGGCGACGCCCUGGUCGGUAGGCGGCGACGAUUUAUGCGUCCUCACUGUCCUCAUCGCGCUCCGAGAAGCAGUCGGCGAUGUGGGCGUGGAUGUGGAGUGCGGCCCAUGCCGCGGCGCCAAGCCAUGCGUAGUGUGCCAGUGUCUCGGAUGCGUGUGUCGGAGAGAUGACGGUCGGCAUGAUGGAGAUGUGUGUGGCUGUCGACGGCAGGAUGCUGCUAAACUCAAGUAUGCUGACGGCAAGGCCGAAUACAAGGCCGAUUGGAAGGAGGACAAGCGCGAGAUGGAGACCGGGAGAGGCACGGGCAUGUAGUCUUGCGCCCAGGACGAGGACCACGACGAUGAGCGCAGCAAUCGGUACCAUGACGGCUGGCAUGAUGGUGGUAGUCUCGCUGAUAAGUCCAAGAUUGCUGGCCAUGCUCUUCGGCGGCACGCAGUUGUUGCACAUGAGCGCCAGCUGCAUGAUAAGAGCAAAGAUGGGGAAGAGGGCCAGCUCGAGCGUCUCGAGCAGCACCUCGCU